AUGUCCUGUCCACAGGGAAGGAAAACUCUGCCUCGUGCCAUGCUGCUACUUUUCCUAAGCCUCCAGUUCCUCAUCACUCCCAUUUCAAGGGCCAAGGAGGAAAAGGAUACCUCUCUUUACUUCCCUCCCACAGUGGAGUUUGCUGUGGAAACAUUCAACCAGAAAAGUCAGGAUGAAUUCGCCUUCAGGCUGGAACGUAUCCUGAGUUCCUGGCAGGAGAAGGUGGUUUUUCCAGCUGUUUUCUCCAUGAAGCUUCAGCUGCGUAGAACCACGUGCAAGAAAUUUGAGGAUGGCCUGGACACUUGCCCCUUUCAGGAUAGCAACAGUCCAAAUAAUACCUACACCUGCCUGUUCAGUAUUGGUACCCUUACCUGGGCAACAGAAUUCAAGCUCUACAAGCAUGAGUGCUCAUAG